UAAUCUUCAGUGUGCAUCAAUACAGACUGAAAGAUGAAGUUGUUGGUACUGUGUUUGGGUCUGGUCUGCCUGGCCGUUGCCGAGGAAAAUAAAUACACGGACAGAUAUGACAAUAUGAAUAUAGAUGAGAUUCUGGCGAAUAAGAGAUUGUUGGUCCCGUACGUCAAGUGUUUGCUGGGAGAAGGCCGAUGCACGCCGGAAGGAAAAACACUUAAAAAUACCAUCAAAGACGCCAUGACGACAUCGUGUGAGAAAUGCACCGAGCAACAGAGGAAGGGCGCCCGAAAAGUUGUGAAGCACUUGAAGGAGAACGAACCGGAAUACUGGACUCAAAUGAAAGCUAAAUACGACCCUGGGGAUAAGUACCAGGAGAGCUACGAGGCGUUCCUGGCCCGGGACGACUAGGUGAAGGCUCAACAGUUCUGGAACUGACCUGAAGUUAUUUGUAGGUACAAUGACGUAAAAUCGAUUAAAUAAAAUAUUUAUUGAACA